GUCGCGUGUGCUGCAGAACUGGAGCUUGUACAGUGUUAUUGGUGCUGUUUGUGUUGCAGAGUUGUGAAAUAUGGAUGCAGUGUCAGGCGGCAGCGCCACAGGAACAGGUGAACAGGUGAAUAAUCUGAGGAUCUGCAGGGCAGAAUACAGGAGCAUCAGCAGGUUUGUGGAGCAGCUGCGUCCCACACGGCAGUGCAUGAAGACCCUGCAGACGCACUUCACACAUCUCCCCGCGUCCACUCUGCUGAGCAUCUUCUCCCAGGAGUACCAGAAGAGAAUGAAGCGCAGUAUGGCCAGACAUCACUCUCCUGAGGUGCUCAGAGUGUAUUAUCAGAGGUAUCGAGAUGAAGCUGAGACCAGAGCCACAGAACCACUGCUGCUGGAGCUCGCUAACCAGGUGGAUCUAUCUCCAGCUCUUUUGGCUCGUCUGAUGCUGGAGUGUUUCCUAGAGGAGCGCAACGCUUCAGUCCCUUCCAGACAAGUCCUCAACAACAUGCUGCGUGAGCCGUAUUUAAUUCCAGAUCUGGUGUUAGCCAAGCACAUCGAGCAGUGCACAGUAAAUGACUGCUGUUAUGGACCGCUGGUCGACUGCAUCAAACAUGCCAUCGGUCUGGAACAUGAAGACACUCUGAGAGACAAACUCAGAGAGAGGAACCUGUCGUUUUUAGAUGAGAAUCAGCUGCGGGUCAAAGGAUACGACAAAACCCCGGACAUCAUCCUGGAGGUGCCGAUCGCUGUUGAUGGCCACAUCGUUCACUGGAUCGAGAGUAAAGCUUCAUUUGGAGAUGAUCACAGUCACAACACAUACCUGAACGAGCAGUUCUGGAGCUACUGCAACAGGUUUGGUCCGGGUCUGGUCAUCUACUGGUUCGGCUUCAUCUCAGAGCUGGACUGCCAGCGGGAGCGAGGGAUCCUGCUGAAGGACGGCUUCCCCACGGACAUCAGCAGCCUGUGUGCGGGACCCCAGCGCUGAGGACGGGGCGUUUCUGAUGGCAUGAGGAUCCGGAAGCAAUUUAAGCUUUCCUGCAGCCAGAGACUCUGACAAACAUGUGCUGUGAACUCCAUCUGAACCAUCUGUGUGAGUGUGUGUGUGUGUGUGUGUGUGUGUGUGUGUGUGUGUGUGUGUGUGUGUGUGUGUGUGUGUGUGUGCUGGUUACACUUUAUUUGAAGUCUCCUUAACUACUAUAUAGGUACAUUUCAACUACUCAUUGAAACUGCACAGUAAAUGCAAGUUUUUGUCUGGUGUUUGGUCCAGAUAUCUGUGAACUCUUAAAUAAAGAAGCAUUUUUAGAUGUGCACUAAAUAUAGUGUUGUUUUCAGAAAUGAUGUGCUAAAAUGAAGUGAGUUUUUAAUUAAAACAAGCUGAAUAAUCUGCCAGUGGGGGAAGCAGAAUAAUCUUAUGUGUAAAGGAAAAAGCCAGUGAUUUCCCUCACCCCACUGGCGGAUUAUUCUGCUUGUUUUAAGGUAAAACUCUCUUUAUUUUGGCUCAUUAUUUCUGUAAACAACACUAUAUUUUAUCCCUGUCUAUAAAAUGCUUCCUGAUUUAAGAACGUUCAGAUAUUUAUACCAAAAACAAGACGAACUCUCUAAGAAUACGUCAGUUUUACUGCGUUGUACUAAUAUUUUGAAAUCUUUUGCAUGUAAUUACAAUUUUUCCGUUAAUAAUUACACCCUCUCUUACACCUUAACCCACUCUUAACCCUUCCCAUAUCACUAAACCUGUCAACAACCCAACCCCGAUCCCAGAUUAAUAGCACCAUAACUGUUCUGCAAUGCAUUAUAAACAGGAGGAGUACAUUGUGCUGAUGUUUUGAUAGUAGUUAUUGUGACUUCAAAUAAAGUGUAUGAUUGUGUUACAUGCUGAUAUGGAAUAAAUAAAGAGUAUUCUUCGUA